CUUCCGUAACCUCAGUAACCGAUUUGAAACUUGGCGGUUAAAGCUCCAGUUGGAACAGGACGGUGGGAGACAGAGGAGACGAGGAGACCAGGGAAGGGAAGUUUAGUUUGAGAGGGUACUAAGUUAGGAUGAAGGAAGAGGUGAAGCCAAUUCCUGUAAAAGUGGCGCUGCGUUGUCGCCCUCUGGUUCCCAAAGAGAUUAGCGAGGGCUGCCAGACGUGCCUUUCCUUCGUGCCUGGAGAGCCUCAGGUGGUGGUUGGUACUGAUAAAUCCUUUACCUACGAUUUUGUGUUUGACCCCUCUACUGAACAGGAAGAAAUUUUCAAUACAGCAGUAGCGCCACUCAUAAAAGACAUAUUUAAAGGAUACAAUGCAACUGUCUUAGCCUACGGGCAGACGGGCUCUGGGAAAACCUAUACAAUGGGAGGAGCAUACACUGCAGAGCAGGAAAAUGAACCAGCAGUUGGGGUUAUUCCUAGGGUAAUACAACUGCUCUUCAAAGAAAUUGAUAGAAACAGUGACUUUGAAUUUACUCUUAAAGUAUCUUACUUGGAGAUUUACAAUGAAGAAAUUUUGGAUCUUCUAUGCCCAUCUCAUGAGAAAGCCACUCAAAUAAAUAUACGGGAGGACCCUAAGGGAGGCAUAAAGAUCGUGGGACUGACCGAGAAGACUGUGUUAGUUGCCCUGGAUACGAUUUCCUGUUUGGAGCAGGGUAACAACGCUAGGACAGUGGCCUCCACAGCUAUGAACUCCCAGUCAUCCCGCUCUCAUGCCAUCUUCACCGUCUCCAUAGAGCAUAGAAAAAAAUGUGACAAGAAUAGUAGCUUUCGCUCUAAGCUGCAUCUUGUAGAUCUUGCUGGGUCUGAAAGGCAGAAGAAAACCAAAGCUGAAGGGGAUCGUCUAAGAGAGGGUAUCAAUAUUAACCGAGGCCUCCUAUGCUUGGGAAAUGUAAUCAGUGCUCUUGGGGAUGAUAAAAAGCGUGGCUUCGUGCCCUACAGAGAUUCCAAGUUGACUCGACUGCUUCAAGAUUCUCUAGGCGGUAAUAGUCAUACUCUUAUGAUAGCCUGCGUGAGUCCUGCUGACUCCAAUCUGGAGGAAACAUUAAAUACCUUUCGCUAUGCUGACAGAGCAAGAAAAAUCAAGAACAAACCUGUGGUCAAUAUUGAUCCCCCGACAGCUGAACUAAACCAUCUAAAGCAACAGGUACAGCAGCUACAGGUCAUGUUGCUACAAGCCCAUGGUGGUAGCCUGCCUGGGUCUAUAAAUGUGGAACCAUCAGAGAAUCUACAAUCCCUGAUGGAAAAAAAUCAGUCCCUGGUAGAGGAGAAUAGACAAUUAAGUCGUGGUCUGAGUGAGGCAGCUGGGCAGACAGUCCAAAUGUUGGAGAGGAUCCUUCUGACAGAGCAAGCAAAUGAAAAAAUGAACGCCAAGCUAGAAGAGCUCAGGCAGCAUACAGCCUGCAAACUGGAUCUUCAAAAGCUAGCAGAGACUUUGGAAGACCAGGAAUUAAAAGAAAAUGUCGAGAUUAUUUGUAACGUGCAGAAAAGGAUUACCCAAACAUUGGAUGAAAUUGUUGCUUGCAUGACUGUAACCACCGAUACUGCGGUAGAACCAGAAGUUCAAGUGGAAACCAGUCCAGACACUAGCAGGUCUUUUGAUGCUUUCACCACUCAGCAUGUUCUUUGCCAAGCUCAGAUGUCUAGGGAGCUGAUUGAGUUAAAUAAAGCCCUUGCACUGAAAGAGGCCCUGGCUAGAAAGAUAACUCAAAACGACAGCCCACUACAGCCUAUCCAGUUCCAAUACAAGGAUAAUAUAAAAAGUCUAGAAUUGAAAGUCAUCAGUCUGCAAAAGGAAAAGGAGGAAUUGGUUCUUGAACUUCAGACAGCAAAGAAGGAUAACAACCAAGCUAAGUUGAGUGAAGGCCAUCGCAAAUGUCUCCUGGAGCUGGAAGGUCAAAUAGCUGAUAUGAAGAAGAAACUGAAUGAACAGUCCAAACUUCUGAAACUGAAGGAAUCCACAGAGUGUACUGUAUCCAGACUGAACCAGGAGAUAUGGAUGAUGAAAAGCCAUAGGGUUCAGUUAAUGCAUCAGAUGAAAGAAGAUGCCGAGAAGUUUAGACACUGGAAACAACAGAAAGACAAAGAAGUAAUUCAGUUAAAAGAGCGAGACCAUAAGAGGCAAUAUGAGCUGCUAAAACUUGAAAGAAACUUCCAGAAACAGUCCAAUGUGCUGAGGCGUAAAACAGAGGAGGCAGCAGCUGCCAACAAGCGCCUCAGGGAUGCUCUCCAAAAACAGCGGGAGGUGGCAGACAAACGGAAAGAGACUCAGAGCCAUGGAAUGGAAGGCACUGCGGAUCGAGUGAAGAGUUGGCUUGGAAAUACAAUUGAGGUUAUGGUCAGUACAGAGGAAGCCAAACGCCAUCUGAAGGAUCUUCUUGAAGACAGAAAGAUACUGGCUCGAGAUGUGGCUCAACUGAAAGAAAAAAGGGAUUCUGGAGAACAUCCACCUCCUAAACUCCGGAGGCACACAUUCUCACUUACUGAGCUGCGUGGUCAAGUUUUGGAGUCAGAGGAUUCUUUUACAAAGCAGAUUGAAAACCUAGAGACUGAAAUGGAGCUCAGGAGUGCUCAGAUUGCUGACCUGCAGCAGAAGCUGCUGGAUGCAGAAAGUGAAGACAGCCCAAAACAGUGCUGGGAGAAUAUUCCUACCAUUCUGGAAGCCAAGUGUGCCCUGAAAUAUUUAAUCCAAGAGCUGGUCUCCUCCAAAAUUCAGGUCAGCAAACUUGAAAGCAGCCUGAAACAGAGCAUGGCCAGCUGUGCUGAGAUGCAAAAGAUGAUGUUUGAGGAAAGGAAUCAUUUCGCUGAGACAGAGACAGAGUUACAAGCUAAACUGGUCAGAAUGGAACAACAGAACCAGGAGAAGGUACUGUACCUUCUCAGCCAGGUGCAGCAAAGCCAGAUGGCAGAGAAGCAGCUAGAGGAGUCAGUCAGUGAAAAGGAAAAGCAUCUGCUGAGCACCCUGAAGUGUCAGGAUGAAGAACUUGAGAAGAUGCAAGGAGUGUGUGAGCAAAAUCAGCAGCUUCUCCGAGAGAAUGAAAUCAUUAAGCAGAAACUGAUCCUUCUCCAAGGAGCCGGCAAACAGAAACCUCAUCUUCCUAAGGAUACCCUUCUAUCUCCAAACUCUUCUUUUGAAUAUAUACCACCUAAGCCAAAAUUUUCCCGUGUUCGAGAAAAGUUUCUCAAGCAAACCAUAGACAUGGAGGAUCUAAAAUAUUACUCAGAACAUUCUGUGAUUGGUGAUGGUGACACUGAUGAUGGGGAUGAUGAGGAAUGGAAGCCAACAAAAUUGGUUAAAGUGUCCAGGAAGAUUAGCCAAGUGUGUUCCUGCAAGGGCUGGUGUGGGAACAAACAGUGCAGGUGCAGGAAACAAAAGUCAGACUGUGGUGUGGAUUGCAACUGUGACCCCACAAAGUGUCGGAACCGCCAACAAGGCAAGGAUAGCUUGGGCGUUGUUGGAUGGAACCAGGAUACCGAAGGUUCCUUCACACUAGAGGAUCCAACGGAGGUGACCCCAGGAUUGAGCUUUUUCAAUCCCAUCUGUGCUACUCCCAACAGCAAGAUCCUGAAGGAGAUGGGUGGUACCGAACAAGCGAUAUUAAAGAAGGCUCCAGCUUCUUCCUCCUUGGAGCUCCUGGAGUCAAAACAUGUAGUAGCCGAAUCCCAAGAAAAUAAGGGUCCAGAAAAGAAAAAGAAGCGAGCUCUGGCCAGCAACACCAGCUUCUUCUCCGGCUGCUCCCCUCCUGAAGAAGAGGUCCACUAACGUUUGAGUUUUUAUCUCUAUGCCCAAUCUGGCUUGGAAGAUGCUCUCAGGCUGAAGCUGGGAGGGGUUUUGAAUAACUUUUCUGAAUUUCAGGUUUCUUGUUGUUGAAAAAAGGAACACAGUAUUACUGCUACAAAGGGAAUUUCUGUUGGAUGCUGGCCCCCAGUCUCCAAUCCUACCCCCACCCCCCGUCCAGUUACUACUGUCUCUUCUCCAGAGAGUUGCCAGGCCCACCCACUGAAGAGAGAAGCAACUGACCUUCCUAAUGAUUCAUCAGGAACCAGUUAACAGUAUGAGCUACCCUUAUUUGCCACCAGUUAAAGCUGUCUUCUGAUGGAAUGAGGCCAGACUUAUCUUUAGGUUGUAGCAGAUUGGGGUCCAUUCUCAGAUUCUUCGCCCCACCUCAGGAGUGGGGUUAGGAGCAUUUCUGCCGUGAACGUGGAUUUCUAGUGUUUAAACAGUGCCCUCAAUUAAUUAUCUUCCGUUUUUCUGAAGUAAAUGAAAUAUUUUUAAAUGUUAAGUAAAUAAAUAAACC